UUUCCUUAUAAAGAAAAGAGCUGCUUUGGAAAACAUCUCUCUAAAGGAAGACCUCUCAUUUCUGCAUUGAGAUCUAUCAAGGCCUCAAAGUAGCUGAUACGAAGAUAUGGGAAGGGGGAAAAUUGUGAUCCGGAGGAUUGACAACACCACAAGCAGGCAAGUCACUUUCUCCAAAAGGCGAAGUGGAUUGCUUAAGAAAGCCAAGGAAUUAGCCAUCCUUUGUGAUGCUGAAGUCGGACUGAUGAUUUUUUCUAGCACCGGGAAGCUCUAUGAUUUCGCAAGCACCAGCAUGAAAUCUGUGAUCGAACGUUACAACAAAAUGAAAGAAGAGAAUUAUCAGCUGCUGAAUCCUACUUCAGAAGUCAAGUUUUGGCAAGGCGAAGUAGAAAGAUUGAGACAACAGCUGCAAUACUUGCAACAAAGCCACAGGCAGCUGUUGGGAGAAGAACUUUUUGGUUUGAACAUCAAUGAUUUACAGAACUUGGAAAAUCGACUGGUUAUAAGUUUGAAAGGUGUUCGUAUGCAAAAGGAGCAAUUAUUAAAAGAUGAAAUACAAGAACUAAACAAGAAGGGGAGUCUAGUUCAUCGGGAAAAUAUAGAACUCCACAAAAAGGUAACCCUCAUCCAAGAAGCAAACCAGGAAUUGCGUAAAAAGGUUAACGAAUUAGCGAGCUCAAGUACACACAUAAGAAACCAGACUCCAUUUGGCAUCAGCAAUGGGUAUGACUUAAAUGAAUCCAUCAGUCUCCAGCUGAUUCAGCCAAUGACAAAGACGAACCCCACACCAGAAAGAGAUGUAACACUUGGGUACACUUUCCUUUCCAAAAGAUCCUUAAUCAUUCUCCCAUGGACAAUGUAA